AUGAAGGAGGCACUGGAGCAGGCAGCGACGCCGGCGCUGAAGGCGAUGGGGCAGGCGGUGGCGCUGGUGCGUGCCCACCCCUACGCCAGUGCGGCCACGCUGGUGGCACUCGCAGGCGGCUGGUACGUGUACGAGACCUACGUACACGGGCCGGCUCACCGCAAGCAGCGGCAGCUCGAGAAGCGCAGGGCGCGCGUCAACUUCGACUCAGCCCUCGGCCUCGGCUUCAAGUCCUGCCCCGAGACGUUGGAGGCGAUAGAGCUGGCAGUAGAGGGCGAGAUCCCGCAAUGGCUCGCGGGCAAGCUGUUCCGCUCGGGUCCCGGCACGCUCGAGGUGGACACGGAGCUGGGCUUCACCUACCUCAUCACCCACUGGUUCGACGGCCUCACCGUGAUGCACGGGUUCGAGAUCAAGGAGGGCCGCGUGUUCUACGCCAACCAGAAGGCCGCGCGCGAGCUGGAGAACUACGUCGCUCGCCAUGGCGGAAAAAAUUUCACGUUCGGUCCUGACCCCUGCAAGACCUUCUUUAGCAAGCUCUCGUCCCUCUUCUACAGCGAGACCAAGGAUCCGGAGACGGGCAGGGAUAUGAGCAACACCGGCGUGACCAUCAAACGGAUUCAAGGGAAACUUUACAACUGCACGGACGCCAAUUCGCUGGUGAGCUUUGAUCCGCAGACCCUGAAGACGAGCGGCAAGGAGGAGCGCUACUCCAAGUUCAACCGCGACAUCAAGGGUCCCCUCUCGGCCGCCCACGGCCAGUACGACGCCGCCCGCGGUGAAUACUUCAACUUGGUGGCCGACAUCGGAGCGACGGCGGUCUACACUCUGUUCGUGGUGCCCGACGAGGGCGAAGCGCGCAUCCUGUGCAAGAUUCCCGUGAAGAAGGCGUCCUACCUUCACUCCUUCGCGCUCACCGAAAACUACUUCAUCCUCCAGGUGUGGCCGCUGUUGAUCGAUGCUCCGAAGCUGCUGUGGCACAAGUCCGUAGUCGAUGCCAUGGAGUGGCACGGAGAGGACACCACCAAGUUCUACGUGGUGAGCAGAAGCACGGGCGAGGUGCUGCACGUCUACGAGACCCCCUCCGCCUUCUGCUUCCACAACAUCAACGCCUGGGAGGAGGAUGACGGGAACAGGAUUGUGCUCGAUCUGGCGCUCUACAAGGACAACGCACCGAUCAACGACCUGGUCAUCGACAACAUCCUCGGGGCCGACUUCCGCUUCGCCCGUGCGCCGCUCGUGCGCUUCACCCUGACCAACGUCCUGCGCGACGCCCGCACCGCACGCAGCAUCAUGAAGCGCGUCAUCUACGACCACACGAUCGAGCUGCCCCGCAUCAACCCGCGCCACCACAUGAAGCCCUACGCCUUCGCCUACGGCUUGUCGGCGCGCGAGGGCGACGCCGGCCAGUUCUUCGACCGCCUGGUCAAGGUCGACGUGCGCUCGGGCGAGCGGUGGGUGUGGGAAGUCGAGGGCCACUUCCCGGCCGAGCCCAUCUUCCUCGCCACCCCGGACGGCGAGGACGAGGACGACGGCAUCCUGCUCAGCAUUGUGCUGAAUGGGGAGACGGCGACGAGCUAUCUGCUGGUGCUCAAUGCCAAGGACAUGAGCGAGCUGGCGCGGGCGCAGGUGCCCCACCACAUCCCCUUUGGCUUCCACGGACCACAAGCGUGCGCUGAGCAGGUGCAGCGCGUGCCGACGACGCACCUGCAGAGCGCCUUCUUGUCCGCCGGGCGCUUGACGAAGCCGCUCGUCAAUCUCUCUCCGCAUCCGUCGCAGCAGAAGCACUCCUCGUGA